UGUUAUACUCGAAAAAAAUCAGUCGGUGCUAGGCACCAUCGUAAAACAUCGUAUUUUGGUGUAUUGCGUCCAAGAAAGAAAAUAAACCGAAAUAAAUUCAGUUUGGAAUCCUGUUUUUUAGUGAAGUGUCAUACAACGAAUCAGAUUUAAAAUUUUGAAAAUCAAUACUUCGGAGUUUAAUUCAUUUAGUAAUCAAUAAAAAAGUAAAUAUCAUAAACCCAAAUGACCGAAUACAAGCAACUACCGCAGCCGACUCGACAACAACAAUUUGCAUUAAUUCCAAAAAUUAUCAAUGGAGGUAUCGCAGGAAUUAUUGGCGUUUCUUGCGUUUUUCCCCUUGAUUUGGUCAAAACAAGACUUCAAAAUCAACAAAUUGGACCGAAGGGGGAACGGAUGUAUAAUUCUAUGUUUGAUGCUUUAAAGAAAACUUACAAAGCGGAAGGUUACUUCGGAAUGUACAGAGGUUCGGCGGUUAAUAUCUUGCUUAUUACACCUGAAAAAGCAAUUAAAUUAGCUGCAAAUGAUUUUUUCCGUCAUCAUCUUCAAACGAAAAACAAGCAACUUCCAGUUACUCGGCAAAUGAUGGCUGGGGGUUUAGCUGGGUUGUGUCAAAUUGUUAUUACUACGCCUAUGGAAUUGUUAAAGAUUCAAAUGCAAGAUGCGGGGAGAGUUGCUGCUGCUGCUAAAGCAGUUGGAAAAACGGUGCCAAAAACUUCAGCAACUCAAAUUACUUUGGAACUAUUAAAAACGAAAGGAAUAUUCGGAUUAUACAAAGGAACAGCGGCUACUAUGUUAAGGGAUGUGUCGUUUUCAGUCGUUUAUUUUCCUCUUUUCGCCACAUUAAAUUCGUUAGGUCCAAGAAAAAGUGACGGAUCCGGUGAAGCUGUUUUUUGGUGUUCAUUUCUUUCCGGUUGCGUCGCUGGUUCAACAGCGGCCCUCGCUGUGAAUCCUUUCGAUGUUGUUAAAACACGUUUACAAUUGUUGACGAAAGCACAAGGAGAAAGAAGUUAUAGCGGAAUUGUCGAUGCUUUUAUGAGUAUACUAAAACAUGAAGGCCCUAAAGCUUUCUUCAAAGGUGGGGCGUGCAGAAUGAUGGUGAUAGCCCCACUUUUUGGAAUUGCUCAAAUGGUUUAUUUCUGGGGCGUAGCCGAAUAUCUUUUGGGUUAUAAUCGAAAGAUGACAUAAAAAUGUUUAAAUUAAAAUUGUUUUGUUAAUCAAGUCGUCAAGAUUGAAACGUUCUACUUUAAUUUAUAAAUUAAAUCCAUAAAAAAAAUGUACCUAGGCAUAAAAACGUUUUCAUUCGUUCGGCUUUUUUCUAUAUUUGAAUCGUUUUUUCGCUUUUAUGAGAUACUCUAUUUUGAAAAAAAUACUUUUUAAUACGUAGGCGAUUUAGGUUGUUAUUGCAGUUCGUUGUAGGACUGUAUCAUUUCGCGUAGAUUCGCUAUAAGUUGCCUCAAUAACGAAAUUAA